AUGGCUUCACCAACUCCCCUUUCGAAUCACAUCCACAACAAGCUCCUCGAGCAAGUCAUCCGCACGCCAGGCCGACAGCCCUCCCCCCUCCCAACACAUCUAAGCAUUCCCGGCACUCCCGGUACUCCUGGCGGCCCGACGAGGAUCCUUCAUGAGAAAGGCUCCGGAUAUGUGGCGCCAACGUUCGAGGGAAAGGAGAAGCAGAAGGAGGCGGUAAUGGAUUUAGUGGAGGAGAAGGGGUUCCUGCCGCCGGAAUUCGUGGAGCAGGAGACGGAUUGGUUCUAUAAUGCUUUGGGCAUCGACGAUAUGUAUUUCUCGACCGAAUCGGUGGACGUGAUUGCGAGCCAUGUUCUUUCCCUCUACGCCGCUAAAGUUGCCGCAUACGCUCGAGACGACAAGCGGUUGGAGAUUCGACUGGACAAGGAAGCAACAGACCAUGCGGUGUACAUUGACACCUCUCGACCAGGUAUCUCAGUCAUCGAUGGCCCACGAUACGAACAACGGAUCGAUGAGAAAUAUCUGAACGUCUCGAGCAAUAAGGACAAUUAUAGAGUCGAGACCUUCCGAUCCGCUGGGCUUCUGCCGGGCGCUCAUGAGCAACAACUCCGAUGCUACUUCGUGUACCAAUGCGAUUUCGAGCAUCCGAACCCCCCGGAGAACGAGACGAAUCUCGACAUCGUCGGAGAAAGGAAGUUCUUGCAGAAGUCGACGAAGAACACCAAGGAGAUCUACCAGCAGGUCAUCGAGAAGGCUGUGGCAAGGACGGGCCCGGUCAUUGAAUACUACGAGAUGGAAGAUAGCCCGGAGGUGCGGCUGGUUGUCGCAUACAAGCAGCGAACUGCGUUGGGCCUCUUCAGCGCGUUGAGUGAUCUCUACCACUACUACGGCCUCACAUCGUCGCGGAAGUACGUCGAGCAGUUCUCCAAUGGAUACACCGUCAUGUCGAUUUAUCUCCAUCCGGCGAAACUUGAUGGUACCAAGAGGUUUCCUCCUAUUGAAGCCUCCAUUCAUCAAAUCAUCAAGGAGAUCUCGCUCCUUUAUUGCGUUCCGCAGAACAAGCUUCAGGCACACUUUGCGUCAGGUCGGCUGAGUUUGCAGGAGACGAUCUACGCACAUUGCGUCUGGGUGUUUGUGGGACAUUUCCUCAACCGACUGGGUUCAGAAUACACGACAUUAGCCUCGAUCCUCGAUCAGAACAACAGCGUGCAUGCGGAGUUGCUCGCGAGGCUGAAGAAGCGACUCAGAACCGAAACCUUCACGGCGGAGUACAUCCUGGAGAUCAUCAAUCGCUACCCGGAGCUCAUCCAUUCACUCUAUUUGAGCUUUGCCAACACACAUUACGUUCACAUGCGGGGCGAACAAGACGAUUUCAUCCCGACCCUGUCGUAUCUCCGAACGAAGGUCGACAAAGUGCUGAACCAUGGAGAGCUCGUCAAGCUCAUCGGGAACACUGUGGUGAAUGAGUACCAUGAGAUGGUGAUGCAAGCAUUCUGCGUCUUCAACGUCUCCGUGCUCAAGACGAACUUCUACACCCCGACGAAGGUUGCCCUGUCGUUCCGUCUGAACCCCGCUUUCCUCCCCGCGGAGGAAUAUCCACAGCCGUUGUAUGGCAUGUUCCUAGUGAUCAGCUCCGAGUUCCGCGGAUUCCAUCUGCGGUUCCGGGAUAUUUCCCGCGGAGGCAUCCGUAUUGUCAAAUCACGGAGCCAGGAAGCGUACGCGAUCAACGCAAGGAGCAUGUUCGAUGAGAACUACAACCUCGCCAAUACACAGCAACGCAAGAACAAGGAUAUCCCCGAAGGUGGCUCCAAGGGAGUCAUCCUCCUUGACUUCAAUCACCAGGACAAAGCCGCUGGUGCGUUCGAGAAGUACAUUGACAGCAUCAUGGACUUGCUCCUGCCACCCACUAGUCCCGGCAUCAAAGACCCCAUCGUAGACUUACACGGCAAGCCCGAGAUCCUCUUCAUGGGUCCCGACGAGAACACCGCCGAGCUCGUCGACUGGGCCACCGAGCACGCCCGCAUCCGCGGGGCGCCUUGGUGGAAGUCCUUCUUCACCGGCAAGUCCCCGCGUCUGGGUGGCAUCCCGCACGACAAAUACGGCAUGACGACCCUCUCGGUCCGCGAAUACGUCACAGGAAUCUAUCGCAAACUCGGGCUCGACGAGACCACCGUCCGCAAGAUGCAAACGGGUGGACCGGACGGCGACCUCGGCUCCAACGAGAUCCUCCUCAGCCGCGAAAAAUACUGCGCCAUUGUCGACGGCUCCGGCGUCCUCGUCGACCCCGAAGGUCUAAACCGAGACGAGCUCAUCCGCCUCGCCAAGGAGCGCAAGAUGAUCGUGCACUUCGACAUCUCCAAGCUCUCCGCGUCCGGAUACCGUGUGCUCGUUGACGAAGCCGACGUCCGCCUCCCCACCGGCGAGCUCGUCCACAACGGCACCACCUUCCGCAACACCUUCCACCUACGCGGCGGGAGCGCCCGCGGAGAGCUCUACGAUGUGUUCGUCCCGUGCGGCGGACGCCCGGAGAGCAUCGACCUAAGCAACGUCGGGCAGCUAAUCGUCGACGGCAAGGCGACGAUACCGUACAUCGUCGAGGGCGCGAACCUCUUCAUCACCCAGGAUGCAAAGCUCCGCCUCGAGAAGGCCGGCUGCAUCCUCUACAAAGACGCCUCCUCCAACAAAGGCGGCGUGACGUCCUCCUCCCUCGAAGUGCUCGCCUCCCUCUCCUUCAGCGACGCCGAGUUCAUCGCGCACAUGUGCGUUGGCGCAGACGGCGCGGCGCCCGCGUUCUACCAGACGUACGUGCGGCAGGUGCAGGCGAUCAUUCGGCGCAACGCGCGGCUGGAGUUUGAGGCGGUGUGGAAGGAGCACGCGGCGACGGGGACGCCGCGCAGCAUGGUAAGCGAUCGGCUGAGCGCGGCGAUCACGGCGCUGGACGAGGAGUUGCAGGAGACGGAGCUGUGGGAGAAUAGGGGGUUGAGGGAGGGGGUGUUGAGGGAGGCGUUGCCGGAGUUGUUGAUGGAGCAGGUGGGAUUUGAGAAGUUGGUGGAGAGGGUUCCAGACAGCUAUCUUCGGUCUAUCUUCGGUAGCUACCUUGCGAGUCGCUUCGUCUAUGAAUAUGGCAUUUCCGCGAGCCAGUUUGCGUUCUUUGAUUUGUACGUCCCUCUCCCUCCUUUCAUCCCCUUCACGGUCACUAACCUUCUCCCAGCAUGA